AGUUUCAUGCUCAGCCUCGAUAAUGUGCCACUCAUUGCAAUCUCCUAGGUUGAUAGCAAAACCUUUGUGAAGGAAAACCCACGUAAAUGCAUCCCUACAUCAUUAAUCAAUGUUCUGAGCCCACCUUUUCCCAAUGGGGAGCGUGAAGGCCUGCAGUUCAUUCAGUCAUGACUGUGAUAGUUUGGCAGUGAGCCUUAACUAUGACCUGCGAGGGCUGUGUUAUUGUUUAUUUGUGUAUUAGUAUAUUUGACAAGGCCAAUGCACAUUCACAACAUUACUUUAAAUAUGCCAGAGUCAGCCAAUCAGCUAGUUUUAAUCAGUAAUCCCUGGGUUCUUAAGAGAAGAGCAUAUCCAUCCAUCCACAUCCAUCCAUCCAUUUUCUGCUGCUUAUUUGGGUCUGGGUCUUGUCUUAAAAGAAGAGCACAUGUAAAGAUAGAAUGUUUUUGACUACAGUAUAAUACAAAAAAGUCCUCAUAUCCCAUUCAUGUGCCUCAUAUUCUGCUCAGACAUGUGUAUUUGUAACCCAGUAAACAGUAAGACAGCAGCCACUUGAUCUAUCUGUAGCAGCCCAGUUUCCAGCCUCCCAAAAUGAGCUCUAACCAUCUUUUAAUAGCUUAACUUGUAAUGCGGAUGCUGAAGGUUCCAGCCCCCAGUGGGUUUUCCCAUGACCCUGUGCUACGUGCUAAAACUCCAAGAAGGUCAGGGGUCAAUGUGCUGAGCGCGUUCCUGCAAUAGAAUGGCCAUUCCCAGCAGCAGAGCAUACGCCCCCCUCCGCCCAGCCCCCUCCGUCUGUGUCAGCCGCUGAGCAAACAGCAAGUUUUACUGCUUAUGCUUGAGAAGAGUAAAGAUCACAGUCUGUGCACUCCCUCUGCUUUCUGUUGGCCUCACAUCACCCCCCCCCCCAACGUGUGAUUCAUCACUCAGGCACCGAAAAAGACGUUUCCCCUUUAAAUUAGCCGGAAAUGUUUCUCCAGAAUAAGCAGAUGCGGCCAGAGGAAUAUCGUGUCGCCUUGAUGGUGGGAGGGCAAAGGGAUGAGUCAGGCUGUCUGCACUGUGAUCAGUGGGAGGCUGAGCUGCCUUCUCUGUGGUCCUUGACCUCUCUUUCACUCCGGAGUUGACAUCGCCUUGCAAAGUCUAACACAGCACAGCCUAGACGGAUUCCACAAUUCAAACUGGACCAGCACGGAAUCCAGCUUUACUCUGUCCACAGCAGCACAGCACAAGCUCCUGCAGGAAUGUUUGCAUGUUUAUAUUUUUAAUAGUGUUCUGACUUCACUGCCAUUUAGAAUCCUAAUUAAAUUCCAAGAAGACUGAAAUGCCCAUUACUGUAAAUAGAUGCACAAGGACUGAACAUUUUCUUUCACGGUUUUUUGGCAAUAUUUUAAAGAAAAUAGCAACUAAAAAUCAGGGAGCUGCGAGGGAGCAAAGACAUGGACCGGCUGUGGGUCCCUGAGGACCAGAUUGGGAAACACUGGCCAAGGAUAUGGGAGCUCCAGGUGGGGGGGAAAAUGGCUUCCUUUGGUCCAAUGGUGCUUGACAGGAGGUGCCUCCCUGACAAGUGGGGGAAACGAGGGAGGAAAGUAGGGGAGCAGAACACUGCAAAGACCCCUGCUGGGGUGACCGGCGGUGGGGCGAAACCGGCUCAGUGAAGAUGCAAAUACUAUUUUCUAUGGUGAGAAACACUUUUCCUAGCCCCUCUUUUGCAGAUUGGCAGGAAGUGUGGAUGCGUUUAGACCUAUGUGAGGGGAGAGCGAGGGAACCAUGAGCACACAGCUGGCUUCCAUUAAGACUUCUGGUCUGGGAUCAAAUCUGUAAACCAACCAUCUCCUUUGGCCAAUGGCCAUAGUUCCAGGCAGAUUAAUUUCACUCUCUACACUAGUGACUCGUGAAUCUGUCCCAGUAGACGCUGAGCCCCACUUGGGCCGCUGGAUCAUAAUCAUUUCGAGCGUGAGCCUAGCGCCGUCACAGCCUCACCAUGGAUGGACCCUGCUUUCCAAACCCCCUAGACUUUUGUGGUCUAAAAUCCAGCCUUCGGAAUCUCAGGAAAUUCAACCCAUUCUGGCAUUGUUCUAUAGAACAUUUCCCCAGGGCAAUGAGGUAGGCCUGCUUGUGCUUAUCAGAGGCUAAUUUAGGAAGCUUCAUCAAUGCUCUUGGGUGAUGUGUUUCUAUUUCAGACUCCAGCAGUCUCCUUACCCAUGGUGCCCAUCACCGCCUAUGUGUCACCAUGUGCAAAUUCCAACUCUGUUGCACUUUGGGAAAUAUAUUAAUCGGUGAGACGGCCCAUGCUGUAUCCAUCACUGAUAAAACAGUCCUUAUGAGCUUAAUCUGUCCCUUUGUUGCCUGGUUUCCAAAAUGCCAUGCACAGGUCACCUGUUAAUGGACAGUUUAGCAAAAUGAAAAUACUGAAAAAAUGCUUCACACCCUUACAAAAGUAAAUAAAGAUAUUAAGUUUCCACUCACAGGAAGCUGGCAUUUAAUCUGUGCCAAAUAUGUGCUGAAUGAAACAAUUAUCGAUCCGCAAUGAUGUCAAAGUUAUCAGAAAAUGAAUUCCAAAAUGUAACAAUGCUCCCCUCCUCUUCCUGAAAUAUGGUUACACCACUGGCGCAGACCAAUUCUGUAUUCAUUGGGGCAUUUGUUGCCUUUUUUUCUCUCCAUGUCAGUAAGGGGGGAGGGGGCCCAGUGUUUAUUGAAAAUCCAGCCUGGAGCAUUUCCUGUGUGCAUGACGAGUACUGGCUCUUUCACAGGGGACUUCCUGGUUGCCAGAUUUUGUUCCUUGUUUUUUUCCAAACUGACGAACAAGACGGAAGAGGGGAAUUCAAACUGGGUACGUCCCCACGAGCCUGGGUGUGACAGCUUGCAUGCAUGUGUUUGUGUCCAUGUAGGGACUGCGUCUAUCUGUGUUUGUAUCUAUGCUUGGGUCCAGUGCCUUAUCCUCCAGCACUGCAACGUUGCACUGAUCAUCUGACAUCAUGAACUGAUAUGAGAAGCUCAUUCUUCCUGAAGGCUGUGAACUAGCACACUUUCUGGGUAGAAGGUCACUUUGGUUUUCAACUCCAACCAUAGUCACUUCUAGAUAUAUCCUGAGGUCUUGCCUUGAGGAAAUCUACUCUCUGUGUAAAAUCACCAGGAGACCAGUAUAUUCUGAAAUGGGCUUCUCCCUAUCCUCUUGUCUAGACCAAUGGGUUUGAACGGGUGAUGAUCAAGAUUUCCAAAUCUAAGCUUCAUGAAUCACUAAUGGUAUUUUUUGAGCACAGGUUUGCUUUUGGGCAUGCUUUGAGCCAUUUUUUAAACAGACAGCACCAUCUAGUGGGGUCAGAAAAUAAAGCAAAUGGUUCAAGAAGCGUCAUUUUGGCCAUCACUAGUCAAAAUUAUAAUCCACUGUAAAUAAUGUCAGAAAUGUCCCCCUCGUCUGUCAGAUUGAAAAAUAACCCCCAGCAGAAAAAAUUGCUCUAGUCUAUCUUCACCUGGGGAGUCCCUGGUUCACAGUUAGUAAUUCAUGACAAUAGCUAAUAAAUAUUUUUUAAAAUGGUCUUCUUUUUCAAAUCGAAUUCUUAUUGAAUCUUUCAGUCAUUUUAGAAGAUGCAGUGGUGCAAAAAAAUUGUGCUCCGUUAUGUAGAGUGUCUGCGGGCUUUUGUGUAUGAGGAGGUGUGACAUCUGGCUCUAUGUGAUUUGGCGAGACCUGUCGUCCUUACACUCCCUACUGCUUGUCGUCUACCCGGUGGGGCACCUUCUUUGGUGUUGAUGCACACUGCCCUCCCCAGCACAAUUAAAUGAUAAUCUGAUAAGCUGUCAUCCACGUGUCCAGCAUCCAGGGUGCCACUAGAGAUUCUGGACCCCAUGAAAGCAUAACCAACUAUGUUCUGAAUUUUUUAGGGCUCCUGUUACUCAGGGGCCCUUGAAAUCAUCCCCCCGCCCCUUUACCGCGCCCCUGCCUAGCAUGCCAAUUCCGAUUGCACAUCACGCUGGGAAUUAUUUUGUUCCGGGGCACCUAAUUAACGUAAAGGACGUUUUGUUCAUUUUUUUAAGAGUAACAGAGAGGUUUGAUAAUCAGCGCGCCCUUCCAAUAAAUUCUUCUUUUUGUGCUCAAAAAAUGUGUUAAUCAGUAAAACUGCUAUGGUAAACUCGUCAGGGGAAACGAGUGAACAAUCUGUUUCCAAUCGUCAGGUUGAGCCCGUCGGUUGUGCUGUCAGCCAAAAGGAAGCGAGCGCGUUUUUAUUUUUAAAUAGACGGGAAGGAUAGUGUUGCGCUGCCCCCUAGCGCCCGUCCAAGAAAUUAAAGCGCCGCCUUGAAUUCAUCGGCGGCUGAAACGAGGCAAGAUUAUAGAUAGCAGACUUUAUUGCUGGUGUACUUUACCUGCUCAUAUUACAAGUCCAGCAGCAGCUCACUGCAUUGCUUCCGUCAGCUUUUCCCGGAAUGAAGUUGUUAAAUGUACAUCAGACUGCUGUGUUCAGUAUUUCAUAACGAGAUGUUGCAGAAGUCAGGGGACACGAAAUACGCAAGAUGUAAUGUCCGGGGGUGUGUGUAUACAGUAUAUAUAGUGUAAACGCAUCUGUGAUUGAAGAUUUUGCAGCUCCCUCUCGUGUCGGGCGGGGAUAAGACCUUACACAGCUACCUACGUCUGGAAAAAGUUAUUACAGUUUGUAGGUUUUCAGCCUUGAGCAAAUCGUGCUUUUUGUGUGUGGCAACCUAGGCUGACCCAUACCGGCACCACCAUGUAAAUACACCAGGCCAGGACCAAUAUUUAUUAAGUUUUCACAUAGGUGCAAUCAAGCAGUGCAAUUUAAAGAUUCGUGUGAGCUGCCUUUGCAUGGCCAGUAAUGCAGAUGGGAUUUAAUAAUAUAAUCUUCAGGUCAACCGUUCCAGGUCGGUGGCACAGUCAUACGGUUGUUACAGGGCGGCUUUGAGGGGAUUACAAGGCGCAGUCGGACCCGCAUUCACCAAGUAAAUGGCCGGCAGUCUUUGCAGGAAUAACAUCGGCUACGGUUUUGUAGCGUUGCGGUAUGUGUCAGCAUCGCCAGGCGCUCCUAAUAGCCAGCACUUCUCUAAAUAUCGUGUUAGAGUGGAAUAUUCGCUACUCUCACGAUAUAGUGAAAACUGGUGGAUCAUUGAAUAAAGGUAAUGAGUUUCAUUCUUUAUGCACUGCUUCAAUAGUUAAACUAUCUUACCAUUGCAAGAAAUGUACAUUUAGAUGAUCUUGUUGCCGUUGCAAGUAUAUCGCCUAUAGUAUACAAAUAUCUUACAAAUACGAAUACGCACAAUUGAAUUAAAAUUGAUGUCCAGACUUGUUUUUUUUUUUUUUGUUUUUAAAUGCGUCCUUAUUCCAACACAGAUUUCUGGGCACCUAAUUUACACUGAGGUUUCCAUGUAACAUCCGACGAUUGUGAAAUAAAGCGUCAUAGUUUAUGGGAAACCUAAAUAUUCUUUAGCUCCCUGCUCCCCUGCCCCUGACCCCAUUCUACAGGAACCGAGGGCCACUGGGGAGAGCUCGGUUUCCGGGUGGCGGUGACCCAUGCGAGACUGUGGGCGUGAGUCAGGCGGUGCUGUGCCAUGCUGCCGCAGCCCUGCGCAUUCCGCAGUUUUCUCGGGAUUUGGACCGGGACAGAGCGGAUAGCUAUCAGUGCCAAGGGGCCGGCGCCGCCCCGCCCUCGCCGGCUAGCGUGUGCGAAUCAGCUUUUCUUGCUCCUCCUGACUACGCUCUAUCUCCCUGAGUGCUCCUCUGCAGGCCUUUUCAGGGUAGGUGUUCUGGGGCCCUGGUUGUGUGACCCCAUGUAUGCCAAAGCACAGCCCGGCUUGGCGGCCCGGUUAGCCGCGGAGAGGAUCCGUGCCGACACCUCCCUGUCUCUGUCUGUCACCUUGGAGCCCGUCAUUCUGGAGGAGGACUGCCAGACGGCACGGGCCCUGAGCAGCUUUCUGGCUUACGGCUCCUGGGUGGCCGCCUUCGUGGGCCCCUCGAACCCUGGCUACUGCGAGACAGCAUCCCUGCUGGGUCACAGCUGGAACAAGGCCAUGUUCUCCUGGGCCUGCGUUGGACCCGAGCCGGACGCCCAGGGCCGCCACCCCACCCUGGUCCGGACGCUGCCCUCGGCGGUAGCCGUGCUGCUUGGCUUCCUGCGGCACUUUCGUUGGGCGCAUGUAGCCGUCCUGUCGUCAGUAGAGGAAGGCUGGGCGGAGACGGCCAUCCAGCUGGCCGGGGCGAUACGUGGCCACGGGCUUCCAGUGCGGAUGGUCUCCUCUGUGGGCAGUGACCCCACCAGCAUGCGCCGUGCCCUGACUGAGGUCAGGAGAGCAGAGGGUCUGCGUGUGGUGUUGCUCUGCAUGCACUCUGCAUUGAUUGGCGGAGCCACGCAGAAGCUGCUGCUGGAGAUGGCUCACGACAUGCGGAUGACAGGUGGGCCGCUGGUGUUCAUGCCCUAUGACACGCUGCUGUACGGCCUGCCCUACCGCGACAUGCACUACCGUGCCCUGCAUGACAGCAGGAAGCUCCUACGGGCGUAUGAUGCUGUGCUCACCAUCACCGUGGAGACCAGGGACGUCUCCUUCUACCAGGCCUACCAGGAGGCUGUGGAUGGUGGCGAACUUCCUGUCCUGGUGGCAGGCCAUCAGGUAUCUCCUCUAUUUGGCACCAUCUACGACUCCAUCAUGCUCCUGGCUCACUCCUUGCACAGUCUACAGCGCUCAGGGGAAUGGCCUUCAGGGGGCAACCUGGCGCGCCACACACACAACCUGACCUUCCUUGGCUUCAGCCAUCCCAUCCGCAUAAGUGACUCUGGCGCCGCCCUGCUGGACUAUGUGGUACUGGACACAGAUGGGCGCUCCUGGGAACUCUAUCCCACGCAUCGCUUGGACAUGGAGGCCAACUCGGUUAGGUUCCUGGGCCGAGCAAUUCACUUCCCUCAUGGAGUCUCCCCUGAGACUGACUCCAGUUGCUGGUUUACAGUUGGUGUUAUCUGUUCUGGAGGUGUGGAACCUUUUUUGGGGGUCAUUUUGUGUGCGACAGUCCUCCUGAUGGCUUUCUGCUUACUGGGACUUACCUACAGCAUAAGGCGGCACGUCGGCCAGUUCAAAAGGCUCAGGGGUCCCGACAAGGUUUCGCUGCGGCUGGAAGACCUCACGUUCAUCAGCCCGUUGCUAAGCAACAGAAAGAGCCGGGGCAACAGCAGGGCUAGUGAAAUUCAGACGAGCGUGUCUGAAGCAGAACGGAGUCUGAGGUCCCCAUAUUCCACUGCCAGCCAUUCCCCGGCCACCCUGGACAACUCUAAUAUUGCCAUCUAUGAGGGGGACUGGACAUGGUUAAAAAGGCUGCCUAAUGGAAAUUUCGGUGACAUCAACCCAGCAACAAGUGAUGUCUUUGAGCUGAUGAAGGACAUCCGGCAUGAGAACAUCAACCCAUUCAUAGGAUUCUUCCAUGACUGUGGCAUCUUUGCCAUUGUGACCGAGUUCUGUUCCCGGGGAAGCUUGGAGGACCUUCUCUAUGCGGAUGAAAUUAAUCUGGACUGGAUGUUCAUCUCAUCACUCAUGCUAGAUCUCAUCAAGGGCAUGAGGUACCUGCAUCACAGGGGAAUGUGUCAUGGCCGGCUCAAGUCGCGCAACUGCGUGGUAGAUGGACGCUUCGUGCUGAAGGUGACCGACUAUGGCUGCCGUCAGGUGCUGGAGUCACAACGGUUUCCCUACAUGGAUCCACCUGCAGAGGAGCUGCUGUGGACGGCCCCAGAGAUCCUACGGGGCCCGACCCCGGGCCUGACCAGCUCCAAGCAAGGCGACGUCUACAGCUUCUCCAUCAUCCUGCAGGAGGUGGUGAUGCGUGGGCCCCCGUUCUGCAUGCUGGAUCAAUCUGCCCAAGACAUCAUCCAGCAGCUCCGUAAGCCGCCACCCCUGUGCCGGCCCAUGGUCCUAUCAGACUCCACCCCCUCCGAGUGCAUUAAGCUCAUGGAGCAGUGCUGGGUUGAGCAGCCCGAUCGGAGACCCACUUUUGACCAGAUCUUCAAGCAGUUCAAAAACAUCAACAAAGGGAAGAAGAUCAACAUCAUCGACUCCAUGCUACGCAUGCUGGAGCGGUACUCCAGCAACCUGGAGGAGCUGAUCCGGGAACGGACGGAGGAGCUGGAGGUGGAGAAGCACAGGACGGAGAAGCUGCUCACUCAGAUGCUUCCACCGUCCGUGGCAAAGGCCCUGAAACUGGGCUGCACGGUGGAGCCAGAGUGCUUCGAUAACGUGACGGUGUACUUCAGCGACAUCGUGGGCUUCACUGCCAUCUCCGCCAGCUGUGAGCCCAUGGAGGUGGUGAAUUUGCUCAACGAUCUGUACACUUUGUUCGACGCUGUCAUUGAGAACCACGACGUCUACAAGGUGGAGACCAUCGGUGACGCCUAUAUGGUGGCAUCGGGGUUGCCCGUUCGUAACGGCAACCGGCAUGCGGCCGAGAUCGCCAACAUGGCCCUGGACAUCCUGAACGCAAUGGGCAACUUCAAGAUGAGGCACACGCCACACCCGCCGGUGUACAGCCGCAUCGGACUGCAUUCGGCGCACCGCAUCCACAUUAGCCACAGCACAGUGCAGCUCCUGCAGGAGCUGAACAGUGGGUACCGGGUACAACUGCGGGAGAUGCCUGAAGUCCUGAAGGACACGGGAUUGAAGAACACCUACUGGCUGAUCGGCAGGGACGGCUUCACUAAGCCGCUGCCCCUCCCACUCGAGGCCCGACCAGAGACAAAGGACUUCAAGUUGCUCCUCAAGAGGACGGUGAAGAGACUCUCCCACGUGAGGCACGUCACUCAAAUAACCACAGCGGACGAGGGCAACGUGAUGAUACACCACCACAGAGCCUCAAGAGCAGGAUCGAGCCAUACUGUGACGACUGGGGAUGAACAAGCCCGGGGUGGACUCGUGUGACAGAGUUUGGACAGAGAAAACGACCGACCACUGCACGCCUGCUUUUGGGUUGAGUUGUGGGUGGAAUUAUCUAGAAUACUCAAGGCAGCUUGCCAGCAGAGACUGGAAAUGAAGGGAGAAGCAGAGUACCGGCUGAGAUUAGAUGCUCCUGUUCAUUAUGAAUCACCUUGCAGGAUGAUGUGGUAAUUUAGAGGAAGGUGGGGUGCAUUACUCAGACCUGGGGGGGUCGGCCUAACUUUCAGAAAACAAAGCCGGCCGUGUCUGUUCCUGCAGCAGAGCACAUCCUGUUGGGAGUGUCCUCGCUACAGUUCUUACCUCUGAAACACCUCAGGCUCACCUGUGGUUUUUAGUUCUGGACCUCAGAUAAACACAAGGCCUGUAGGCACAGCAACAUGUGUGUCUGUGUGAAUUAUGUACUGCUGUUAUCUUUAUUCAUUUUAUAAACACAAGUGGGUGUGUGCGUGUAUUAUAUACAUAUAUUUCAUGUACUGUACAUAUAAUAUUUUAAACAGAACAUAGCCUGUAUUUGUCAGGCAUUCACACGACUAAUGGACAAAAUGAGUUCUGCUUUGGAUCACACUGAUGUGAAAGUCUUGUUUAUUUAGCUGGUAAAGAAUCAGUUUUUUUCCCAUUUAAUAUAUGUACUGUAUAUUUUUGACAUUUCA